UCUCUUUCUAGCCCCUGGACCCGGCCCUGGCGAGGCAGGAAUGGCCCCGAGGCCUCCGACGGCCGCGCUCCAGGAGUCAGUGACAUUCAAAGAUGUGUCUGUGGACUUCACCCAGGAAGAAUGGCACCACGUCGACCCUGCUCAGAGGAGCUUAUACAGGGAUGUGAUGCUGGAGAACUAUAGCCACCUGGUUUCUCUUGGAUGUCAAGUUUCCAAGCCAGAAGUGAUCUUCAAAUUGGAGCAAGGAGAAGAGCCAUGGAUAUCAGAGGGAGAAAUCCAAAGACCUUUCUGUCCAGACUGGAAGACCAGGCCUGAAGCCAAAUCAUCAAAUCUACAGCAGGAUGUGUCAGAAGUACCCCAUAACACAGAUAAUCUCUUACAUGCCACGUUAGAAGAUUCCUGGGAUGUUAGCAGUCAAUUACAGAGACACCAGGAAAACUGGAAGAGACAUCUAGGGACAGAGGCAUCUACCCAGAAGAAAAUAAUAACAUCACAAGGAAGUUUUGAGCAAAAUAAAUUUGGUGAAAACUCUAGGUUGAACACAGACCUGGUCACACAACUGAACAUUCCUUUGAGAAUAAGGCCUAGUGAAUGUGAGACACUUGGAAGCAAUUUGGGACAUAAUCCCGACUUACUCAAUCAGAACAAUAUCCUUGUAAAAAAGAAACCCUAUAAAUGUGAUAAAUGUAGAAAAGCUUUUAUUCAUAGAUCAUCACUUACUAAACAUGAGAAAACUCAUAAAGGAGAGGGUGCUUUCCCUAAUGGUACAGAUCAGGGAAUUUAUCCUGGAAAGAAACACCAUGAAUGCACUGACUGUGGAAAAACCUUCCUCUGGAAGACACAGCUUACUGAACAUCAGAGAAUCCACACUGGGGAGAAGCCCUUUGAAUGUAAUGUGUGUGGAAAGGCCUUCAGGCAUAGCUCAUCCCUUGGACAGCAUGAGAAUGCUCAUACUGGGGAGAAACCCUAUCAGUGUAGUCUCUGUGGGAAAGCCUUCCAACGCAGCUCCUCCCUUGUUCAACACCAGAGAAUUCACACAGGAGAGAAACCCUAUCGAUGUAAUCUGUGUGGGAGGUCCUUUAGGCACGGUACAUCCCUCACUCAACAUGAAGUCACACAUAGUGGAGAGAAGCCUUUCCAAUGUAAGGAAUGUGGGAAAGCCUUUAGCCGAUGUUCUUCUCUUGUCCAACAUGAGAGGACUCAUACUGGAGAGAAACCUUUUGAAUGUAGCAUAUGUGGGAGGGCUUUUGGUCAGAGCCCUUCCCUUUAUAAACAUAUGAGGAUUCAUAAGAGAGGCAAACCUUACCAAAGCAAUAAUUACAGCAUAGAUUUCAAGCACAGUUCAUCUCUUACUACUGAUGAAGGCACUCUCACUGAAGUGAAAUCCUAUCAUUGUAAUGACUGUGGGGAAGACUUCAGUCACAUUACAGACCUUACUGAUCAUCAGAGGAUCCAUACUGGAGAGAAUUCCUAUGAUUGUGAGCAGACCUUUAGUCAACAACCUAUUCCUCAUCCUGGAGAGAAACCCUAUCAAUGUAAUGUAUGUGGAAAAGCUUUCAAAAGGAGUACAAGUUUCAUAGAGCAUCACAGAAUUCAUACUGGAGAGAAGCCCUAUGAAUGUAAUGAAUGUGGAGAAGCCUUCAGUCGACGCUCUUCUCUUACCCAACAUGAAAGAACCCACACUGGAGAGAAACCCUAUGAAUGUAUUGACUGUGGGAAAGCCUUUAGUCAAAGUUCAUCCCUUAUUCAGCAUGAGAGAACUCAUACUGGAGAGAAGCCCUAUGAAUGUAAUGAAUGUGGUCGAGCCUUCCGAAAGAAAACCAACCUGCAUGAUCAUCAGAGAAUUCAUACUGGAGAAAAACCUUAUUCUUGUAAGGAAUGUGGGAAAAACUUCAGUCGAAGUUCAGCUCUUACUAAACACCAGAGAAUUCACAUGCGAAAUAAACUCUAGUAACUCUGAAAUAAAAGAAUGUGCAGAAUGCUUUAGAGAAAAUCCUGUUCUGAUUUGGUAUCAGGGGAUUCUUACUAGAGAGAAAGCUUGAGAAUGUAAUGAAUUGUGUGUGUGUUGUGUGUGGGGAAAACUCUGUGCCAGUAGGCAGGAUUUUUUUAAAUAAAUAAAGACCACAUUUUCAGAUCUGAUUACAGACUAUUUUAAAAACAACGACAUAUAUCAUAAGUAGUCAAUUGGAAAUUAUAUGCCUAUAUAUUGGACUUUAUAAAGCUUUUGAAUAUAUGUAUGCAGGAGAUCACUGAGUUUCAACAGCUUGAUUUGUAACCCCCACUGUUGACAGCCUUUUUAAAUAAAUAAAAUAAAUAAAACUCCUGCAGUAUUGACCAAAACUCAUUUUUAAAAUUGCCUGACUUCUGCAGUCAACUGCAGCUCUUACAUUAACUUCACCAUGGAAAACAAGUCCACCUACAGGAAUUCACCAUUCAAAAAAUUAACUAGCACAACCACUUCAUUGUACAGAUGAAGAGACUGAAAGCCAAAGAUGUGAAGUGGUCGCAUAGUAUGAUAUAGGCUGUAAUGGUAAAACUGGGUCAAGAUAGCCUUGCCACUGAAAAGGUAUUUUGGAAUUCAGAGGGCUUCAAAAUAAAUUUUGAAAUAUAUCAAAUAUCCAAACAUUUAUUGAACACCCAUGGUUUGUAUACUUUGGGAAUUCCUAGAAGCAUAAGAGGCAGUGAAAUGUAUGUACAUUUGUUACAACUAUUUAAAGCAACUUGGAAGCUUACAAACCAAAAUGCUAAGAGAAACUCUAUAUAGUUAAACUACUGGUGAUAUUUUUCCUUUUCCCAGUUAUAAUUAUACUUUCAACUAACAUGUCAGUUUCAUAGAACUACUGGAUCUUCUUAUUGUGCUUUUUAUGGUUUGCUCAUGAAAAAGCACUGCUCCAAGUGUCCUAUGUCAGAUUGAUGAGAAAACACAAAACUAAGAGGAGAAUUUUUCUCUACUUAAUUUUAUUAUAGAGAAGUAUAAGUCCAAUAACACAUUGCCGUGCAUUUUGUCUUUGACUCAGUUUAGAGAAACACCAUAUAUUGGCUCAUUUUGUGUGCAAAGGAAAUAUUUCACUAUGGUGCCUUUCCAUCAGUAAAGCAUGAGCUGAGUGUCAUUGGCCUCCUUUAUCUCCUAUUGCUUCCCAUGGGCUAUCCUAAAGGAAUUUCCAGAACCUUUGUUGGUUUGUUGAUACUAGCAACUGUGGUGAUUGACCCUUUCCACACAAGAGCUGCCUUCCAAGACAGGCAAAUUUCCCCAACCCUAAUUACAAAUUGUGGAGCAGGGUGAUAUUGGUGGUAUUGAUAGUGAACCUUUCCUACUGGCUUCUUUGCAUGCCAGAUAGUAAGAUUAAUUGUCCUUCUCUUGUCCUAGAUGGAAUGAGGCAGCUCCCAAGCAUUCUUCAUCAUUUUUUUGCAAGGAAAACUGCAUGGGGGCUGAAAUAUUAUUUGUGUAGCCCAAUUAAACCAUAAAUACCAGUGAAGCAAGAUAGGCUAUUCCAUAGCUGAUCAGCCCUUCCAAGAUGUUAACCAUUAAAAAAUCCUCCAUGCUUAGCUCACAGUGCCAAAACCGUGCUUGUGUUGUCUAAUACAUAGUUUGACAGUGGGUAAUUCUACUCAUACCUUCCCUACUAGUUGGUUAGGAUGCCUGACAGGAACUUAUUUUGCUGCUGGUCGUUCGGGGAUCUCCAUAGUUGGCUACUUGCAGGAAUGGCAUGAAUUAUAACCAGUUAAAUGCUACCCCACUGUUAACAGAAGUUUAUAAAACCUUAGUUUCAUAAGACUUAAAGGAGAUCACUAGAUUGUUUGUGGAGCCUGACCUAGAUCCAACCACCACUGUCUGAAUCACAGCAUAUCUUCAUUGACAGAGAGGGAGCCUAGAAUGUAUGUGUGGCUGAUUGAGCAGAAGGCUUUCCUACACCCAGCUGCCAUGCACAUGCACAUAUGAAUACCCAGUCUUUUAAGGCUAUGUGAAAUGCAUCCUUGUAACAUCAUUGUAUUAUUUCAAUAAAUAGCCUUCUGAGUUGAA